GGCGGGGCCUCGGCGGUGUCUCCGGGCGGGGUAGGCGGGAUUGAGGUCACGCGGCGGAAGGGGCGAGGCGUCCAGCGCGCGCGCUCCGGGCGGCCGCAAUGCUGUUCUACUCCUUCUUUAAAUCCCUGGUGGGGAAGGACGUGGUGGUGGAGCUGAAGAACGACCUCAGCAUCUGCGGGACUCUGCACUCGGUGGAUCAGUACCUGAAUAUCAAACUGACAGACAUCAGCGUCACUGACCCUGAGAAGUACCCCCACAUGCUGUCGGUGAAGAACUGCUUCAUCCGGGGUUCGGUGGUGCGCUACGUCCAGCUGCCAGCUGACGAGGUGGACACGCAGCUGCUACAGGAUGCAGCACGCAAGGAGGCCCUGCAGCAGAAGCAGUGACCCAUGGAACCCCUGCAGUCACCCACAGCACAUAUGGGGACCCAUGGGACCCCCCCAGUACCCACCAGGGACCCCAACAGGACACCUAGUGACCCACAGGGACCCCAACAGGGACCCAUGCUACCCCCCAGGACCCACAUGGGACCUGCAGUGACCCACGGGAUCCCCCUGGCCCCCGAUAUCCAUGUCUAGGGGACUCAAUAAACCCAAUGGCCCCUGCGCUGUGCCAGA